AUGUACAUGUCUGAGUGGAUCCCAAAGGCGUCUUGCUCGUUUCACAUAUUACCCAGGCCUCAGUGUGGCUGGCUCUCUGAAACUGGAGUGAGGAUGGCUACUGUAUCAGGACUUUCAGCGAUACUGAUCGCCAAUAUACUGAUACCUAUAGCUGUCACGUUCUUCUCGUCCGGCUUCUUUCCAUACAAGCCAUUAACUUCGGGGCUUGCGAGAUCUGAAGAUGUGGAGAGUCAGUUCGAAGCUCCUUUCGACAAAGUUAUCUUCAUGGUAGUGGAUGCUUUGCGAAGCGAUUUUGUGUACUCGAACGUAUCAGGAUUUUCAUUCACGCAGAGUCUCAUUCGGUCAGGCGCUGCGCUUCCGUUCACUGCCCAUGCCAGUUCGCCGACCGUCACUAUGCCCCGUCUCAAAGCUAUGACAACAGGAUCCACUCCGUCAUUUCUGGACGUGAUAUUUAACAUCGCAGAGUCAGAUAUGUCAUCCACAUUGGCCCUUCAAGAUACUUGGCUUGCCCAACUAAGGGCAAGAGGUGGCCGUCUUGUUAUGUAUGGUGACGACACUUGGCUUAAGCUAUUUCCUGGCAUGUUUGACCGUGCAGAUGGCACCACCAGCUUCUAUGUUUCAGAUUUCACCGAGGUUGACCAUAAUGUAACUCGGCAUGUUUCCAUGGAGCUCACACAGAAGGACUGGUCCGCUUUCAUCAUGCAUUUCUUAGGCCUCGACCAUAUUGGACAUAAACUAGGCCCUCGAAGUCCACAUAUGCUUACGAAGCAACGUGAAAUGGACUCAGUCGUAGGCGAGCUGUACGCUAGCAUCGAGCGGGAAGAACACCUUCAGUCAACUCUCUUGGUUCUUUGUGGCGAUCAUGGGAUGAACGAAGCUGGGAAUCAUGGUGGCUCAUCUUCUGGUGAGACGUCACCAGCACUUCUUUUGAUAUCGCCUCUGUUUAAGUCUAUGGGAGGGCCUAGUCGUGAAGCUCCAGUAGACAUACCCGAUGACUUCCAAUGCUAUAGAACAGUCGACCAGACAGACAUCAUUCCAACUCUAGCAGGGCUCCUCGGCUUUCCCAUCCCGUUGAACAGUCUAGGCGUGUUUAUCCCAGACGUACUGGACAUGUGGCAUUUAUUAAUGGGUAUCAAUCACAACUCCAACAGUAUUGAGGACCAUGCUAAAUUGGAGCUUGCUCUUAACCAUUUUCUACCAUUGGCCCAGAAAUUGUUGAUCAGUGCUGCCAGUAAUUACAACUUUCCACAUCUUCUUAUUGGCAUUAGUAUCAUGGCGCUCGUCGUUUCGCUACUUCUUUCAGAUGUUUGCAAGCUGUUAUCAAGGUCGUUACAUUCUGGGACAUUCUUGGCUGGUCUCUUGAUAUGCUACGGCGGUAUGAUGUUUGCAAGCAGUUAUGUCGAGGAAGAACAUCAGUUUUGGAACUGGGCCUUCACAGCGUGGGCAUUCUUUCUACACUCUGUCAAAGAAUACAGUGUUGGCAAUAGGACUCCCCAGCUUCUGCAGUCGCUGGCUAAGUUCGCCAGUGAUAAGGAGACGGAAAUAGAGGCCAUAUGCAACACCAAUCACCAAGAAUUUGUUGCUUCAGUGAAUCAACUCCUUCGCAUCCGGGAAGGUACGGUUAGCCUGACAGCCGAGAUCCUUGAUUUGAACCAAGCCAUUCAAGCAAGUACCGAAAGAUUGGCAGAGCAGAAAAGAGCACUGGUGGAGUCGCGCGGUCACCGGCAGAACAUUGAUGAGACAUCCCGUGCAAUCCAGGGUUGUCUUGAAGUUUUACGCCUUGCUAACCAGAUUCAUGACUUGUUAUCGAGAAAAAAUCACUAUGCAGCCCUGCGAGCCCUUGAGGAGAUACAAAAUGUUCAUCUCAAAGGGGUCAUUCAAUAUAAGAUUGCUGAGAUGAUCCAACGCUCAGUGCCUGCUACAAGGAAGAUAAUUGCGGAAGCAGUUAUGUCCGACUUGAACACCUGGCUGUACAGAAUUCGUGAGAUGUCCCAAUACCUCGGCGAGAUAGCUCUAUAUCAUACCGAUCUACGUAAGUCAAGGCAGAAAGAACGAGCCGAGAUAUUGCCCUACCUAGGUCAAUUCAAGCUUAAUUCUGCUAUCGAACUUGUCUCCGAUGAGAGUGAAGAGUAUGAUUUGUUACAGAACGACGAACUUCAGGUCGAUUUCACACCACUGCUUGAAUGCCUACAUAUUCAUCGAUCCUUAGGGCGUAUUGACACGUUCCGCCUCGAAUAUGCCAACACACGUCGUCAUCAAAAAGAGCUUUUACUUCCCACAUCAGUAACUUUGAUUGACGAAGAUGGAGCUUGUCUCCAUAAUUUACUCGAAGAGAUGGCGGGUUUCGCGAUAGUUGAACGCUCAACCAUGAUAAGGAUUCCAGAUUUGAGAUCCCCUGUCGAUGUCGAUGAGCUUUGGGACUCGAUGUGUCAAGGUGCCGUAAACUUGAUACAGAGGGCACUUCGCGAAGUUGAUAACGCUGAAAGUUUGCUCAAAAUCAAGAACCUUAUCGCAUUGUUCAUGCAAACAAUGAACACAUGGGGCUUCCCUGUCGGAGUCUUCGAUACAUUUUUGUUGACACUUUUCAGAAAGUACGCCGACCUUCUCAAGAAGAGGUUUAGCGACGAUUUUCAAGAGAUUGUCUCGACCGAUGAUUAUAUGCCUAUGCCCAUACAAACAUUUGAGGAAUAUGAGAAGGUGCUGAAUGUUAGCUGGUAUAAUCCAGAAACACCACGCGAAGAACAAGUGUUUCCUUGCGUCUUACCAUUUUCUCAAAUGUACCCGCUCUGCUGCAUCGAUAUACGUAAUUUCCUGAAUCAAUUCUAUUUCUUCGCCAAUGACGAUUUCCCGCAUGCUAAUGUGAUCGACGAGACGCUGAAAGAAGCACUCGAUGAGCUCCUUUCGAAUAAAGUGUGUGACACACUUGUUGAACGUCUUUCCUCCCAGUAUUUGGGUCAGAUUGUGCAGAUCCUUAUCAACCUAGAGCAUUUUGAACACGCAUGCCGUGAGCUCGAAUUGCUUCUUGCAGCGGCCAGAUCACAGAACUCUUCGGGUGAAAUUGUGAUGCUCCAUGCAACCGAGAAGUUCAGGAAUAAUAAGAAAGCAGCUGAAAAGCGAAUCUUUGAGGUUGUCAACUCUAAAAUUGAUGACCUUAUAGAGACAGCAGAGUACGAUUGGAUGGCAUCUAUCCCGCCCACAGAGCCGAGUAAUUACAUGCAGACGCUGACAAGAUUCCUUUCUAACAUCAUGAACUCGACGCUCCUCGGCCUACCGACCGAAAUCAAGGAGCUCAUAUACUUCGACGCUCUGAGUCACGCUGCAAAUAUGAUCUUGGCACUUCCACUCUCACCCGAAGUUAAAAAAAUCAAUACACAUGGCGUGCUAGCUCUCACCAAAGAUGUCGAGUACCUUUAUCAAUUUGUCGACAGCCUCGGUGUGCCCAUACUUCGGGAAAAUCUUGACGAGUUGCAACAGACAGUGCAGUUGAUGCAGGCAGACAACACAGACGAAUUCUACGAUAUAUCUACACGAAACAAGAAGUAUGGGCGUGUGGAUGCCAUCAAUGGCCCCGUUCUGCUGGAGAAGAUCGCACGUAAUGUGCAGAGCCCGACGAAAAUUGACAAAUUUGCCACCCUAUCUUCAAGGUUUGGAAAGAAAUCUUAA